AUGGAGCAUCUAGCAAAGAAGGGCUGUGUGCAAUGGUUUAAGAGAGUUGAUACAGGUGUAGAUAAAAGCGGGCCACAGAUUAGCAUGGGUUCAGGAACAGCCAAUCGGCUGCGGAAGCUGUUACAUAAAAGAAAGAGCCAGCAGCAGCCGUCAGUUCAGACGGUAGCCCGGUGCCAGAUCCCGGGCCAUUUCAGUACUAGUCAAAGCGUGGAACUGCAAACCCUCAUAGGGAAAGACGCACCGCCGGCGCCAUCCACGAUUCAUAUCAACGAGAGGUACAUCCGUUAUGAUAUCAACACCACGCCCUUGGUUAUCGUGCUGGCGAUCUCAAUCGUAUUUUUCGCCUGUCUUCUGGUCCUCAAGGACAUCAUCUUACAGUCCUUGCAAAACAUCGUUAGUGUGGCCAAAUGGAAGAUCAUAGGGGCACCCUUCAUGGGCACGCCCUACGCAGGCCUGCUCAUGGGACUCGUAGGCACUGUGCUCUCGCCGUUAUCUGCUGUUUCAUCGUGGCUUUCCUUCAUCUUCUGA